CUUUUGGAGACUAAGUCUCACUAUGAGGGUUAGAAUGCCUUGAGCUUCUGGACUCAGGAAAUUCUCCUGUAAUAGCUUCCAAGGGCUGGGACCACAGGACCUCUUUCCUCUGCAGAUCAGAAGCUGAGAUCUCCUGAGUACAGACACUGGCAGAGCAGGCUCCUUGACCCUGACCAUGCUUCCCAUGGACUCCUGGCCACACUCUCCUCACAGUGUCCUGCUAUUGACCCUGCUGCUGGGACUUACAGGAGCAGAUAGGCGGGAACUGAAGGUGAUUCAGCCUGAGAAAACAGUUUCUGUCCUUGCUGGAGAUUCAGCCAUUCUGAACUGCACUGUGACCUCCUUGCUCCCUGUGGGGCCAAUACGGUGGUUCAGGGGUACAGGACAAGGUCAGCACAUUAUAUACAGUUUCUUAGGAGAGAGUGUCCCCAGAAUCACAAAUGUCAAAGAUGUCACAAAGAGAAACAUCCUGGACUUUUCCAUCCGUAUCAGUAACGUCAUGCCUGCUGAUGCUGGCACCUACUACUGUGUGAAGUUCCAGAAGGACACAUCAGAGCUUGGGAAAGAGAUUCAGUCUGGGGGAGGCACCACAUUGUAUGUGCUUGGAGCAGCUAUGCGGGAGCUGAAGGUGAUUCAGCCUGAGAAAUCAGUUUCUGUCACUGCUGGACAGUCAGCCACUCUGAACUGCACUGUGACCUCCCUGCUACCUGUGGGGUCUAUAAGGUGGUUCAUGGGAAGAGGACAAACUCGUCGUCUUAUAUAUAGUUUCACAGGAGAGCGGUUCCCCAGAGUCAUAAAUCUCACAGAUACAACAAAGAGAAACAACCUGGACUUUUCCAUCCGUAUCAGUAAUGUCACCCCUGCUGAUGCUGGCACCUACUACUGUGUGAAGUUCCAGAAGGACACAUCAGAGCUUGAGAAAGAGCUUCAGUCUGGGGGAGGCACCAUGUUGUAUGUGCUUGAAUUGAAGACUUCAGAUUCUGCUAAAGUCCUUGUAGCUGUGCUUUUUGGACCCAAACUGCUGCUGGUAAUUUUGGUCCUUGCUGUGUACAGGUACAAGAAGCAGAAGGCCUGACUGUUACUACAGUAAGUGGAAGACAAGAAGUUCAUGGGAAACAUCAGUCUACACUUAUGGGAUAGAAUUUAGACAUUUCAGAUGGAUGUAACAAUGACUGUUUCUGCUCUGGCCUCCUUGUGACCAAGAAGAACAGACUCAGAAGAUUGUAUGAUUCAGGACCUAGGCUGAGAUAACAUUUUUAUGACAUGGGCAUCUCAUCCACUCAGGACAGGAAUGUUAGGGGGAGAGAAUGUUCCAUGGACACUGGAGCACUAAGAUAAUGUAUAAAUGAUGAGGAAGCUAUUGAGUGAGAGGUGAUUCUCCACAGCUCUUCCUUGCAUCCUCUAUAACACUGGAACCCUGAGUAUCUGGUAUAGAGGUUCAGUCUAGAAGAAGAAGCUGGUGAGAAGCCAUGGAAAACUGCUCCUAAUGAUUCACUUACAAGGACAACCUCAACACAGAAUUUCUUUUUGUCCCUCUGCAUCUGCAUUGUUAUCCCAGGGCUUUGAUGCUGUGUGCAUAUUGGAUUCUAUUCUUGGAGUACUUAUUGUCAUUAUUAAAAUAAUCUAAAAAUGGAUUUAAAUUUCAAAGAUAAUCUACCCUGGUGCAAAGAAAAAUUUUCAGUACAGGCAAAGUGUAAAUCUCAGCAACCUCAUGGAAAAGAAAGACCAUUGAAAUAAAAUAGGAAAGCAGCCUUUUUGUUUCAGAAGGCAUAGAUGUCUGACCUCAGGAAGGAAGGCUUACCCAGCUGAACCUUAGCAUUGCAUGUAGGAACCGUGCUGGAGUGGGAGAAUUCUAGGAAGGAUAGGGUAGUGUAUCAAGUAAUGGGAAAAAUUAUUUUGACUUCUUUUGUUAUUGAGACAAGAUCUCACUAUGUAGCCUUGACUCUUCUGGCACACACUAUUUAGACCAGACUUAACUUGAACUCAUUAAGAUUGGUUGGCCUUUGCCUGUCACAUUAUGAGAUUGAUUGUGGGUUUCACCAUUACAUUUAUUUAGGAAAAAUUAGUCAAAAUAUCCCUUUACUGUAAUGUAAGAGUGUCCUUUGCCUGAUGCACCAAUGGGGGACCAUGCAUGGAGAGGGCCUAGACUCCCUGCUGGCUGAUUAGCAGCUCAGUAUCUAUGUGGAUCUCUUAAUGAGGGGAUCAGGGGCUGCCUCUAUCAUGAACUCAGUUGACUGCUCUCUGACCACUGGCCUCUGAUGAUGCAGCCUUGCCAGAGGAAGAGGAUUCAGGCAGUCCUGAAGAGAUAUGAUAA